UAUCUGCAAUGAACACCCACUACCACAUCUCUUCCUUUGUUAGCAUCACUUUGCAAACACAAUCAGUGCAGUGCAGCUGCGUAGUUACAAAUAAUGCAGUAGAGAAUUUCUAUUGUUGGAUUUAAAUCUAAGCACAUUGUUAGUGAAAAAUGCGUAAUCUCUUGAUUUAUCUUGGAUUUCUGAGCUUACAAGUUAUAUCUGGCCACUUCAUACCUCACAUACCUAUGGCUGAUGACGAAGCGAUGCCAUGGUACAUAGUGAAAGAAGACACCAGUGUUUGCCAAACCACUGGUUGCGUGGAGGCAGCGGAAGCCUUGAAGGUCUCGAUUGAUUCAGCAGCAGAUCCGUGCAAUGAUUUUUAUGCUUAUGCCUGUGGCGGGUGGCAAAAGCGCAACCCUAUCCCAAAGACUGAGAGCCAGUGGAACCAAUUCAAUAUUGUGGACAGAAAACUUGACUUGCAGCUGAAAGAUAUUUUUGAAGACGACUUGCACUUGGAGCAAGAGCCUGAGCCUGUAGCACUGGUCAAGCAAUUUUUCCAAGCUUGCAUGGAUAUCGAAAGACGAGAGCAGUAUGGUGUGAGACCAUUGUCGGAGAUACUUUCGACGCUUGGUGGUUGGCCAAUUGCAACGACUGAAGGACAGUGGUCAGAAGACAAGUUUGAUUUGCUGAAAACGUUGGGUUUUGUCACUCGACGGCUUGGCCUCACACCUUUGGCGACUGUAUUUGUCUACACAGACCGGAAAAACUCAAGUCGAAGCGUGGUUACUGUGGACCAAGGUAGCUUGGUGCUGCCAAGAGCUAUGCUGGCUCAACCUAGCAUGUACAAAAAGCAGCUUACUGCCUACGCUGAGUGGAUGGUUGGAACGGCUAAAUUGUUGGGAGCUCGAGUAGAUGAGGAUGAAAUGAUGGAGGAGGCAAAGAAAAUUGUUCACUUUGAGAGUCGCUUGGCUGAGCUGACAGCGCCAAGUGAAGACAGAAGAGAUGCGUAUCGGAUGUACAAUUCUUUAUCAGUUCGACAAUUACAAAAGUGGACGGACACCAUCCAGACUCAUGGGAAAAAAUCAAUUUUGCAAUGGGACCGGCUGCUGAGCCUGGUUUUUCAAGACACGGAGGCAAAUAUAUCCUCUGGAGAGCGAAUGCUAGUCCGAGAAAUGGAAUACUUACUCAAGUUAGAGGCGCUCUUGCAAAAUACUUCCCGUAGAACAUUAGCAAAUUACAUACUAUGGCGUGUGGUGAAAAGCGUUGGACGAGAUACAAGUGCACCGAUGAGGCACCUUUCAUUCUCGUUCGAUAAAGUGUUUAGCGGUAUUGUGGAGGACCAACCUUUAUGGAUUGAGUGCGUAACCAGAUCAACUUCAGCUCUUCCGUUUGCUGCUGGGUAUCAAUUUGUGAGAAAGUUCUUUGAUUCCGAAGCAAAGAUCACAGCUUUGGAAAUGGUUCACCAUAUUCGCCAGUCCUUUAUAGACAGGGUCGACACUCUAGAAUGGAUGGAUGAUGAAACAAAAUUGGCCGCCAGAGAAAAAGCAGAGGCCAUGGCCGAGUUUAUAGGGUUCCCUGACUGGUUUUCCAACGCCACUGCCCUGAAGCAUUAUUAUGAAGGAGCAAUUGUUGGAAAAGACCAUUUUGAAAACGUCAUGGCCCUAACAUCUGUUCAAGUGAAGCGCGUAUUUGACAAGUUGAGAGAAGCGACUGACCGAAAUGACUGGCUCACAGGCCCUGCAGUUGUCAACGCGUACUACAAUCCUCUUACAAAUGCAAUAACUUUUCCGGCUGGAAUUUUGCAGGCGCCUUUCUUUGGAAAAGACACCUUAGAAGCACUGAACUACGGCAGCAUUGGUGUUAUAAUUGGUCACGAAAUCACUCACGGAUUUGAUGAUAUGGGCAGGCAGAAUGACAAAGAUGGUAAUCUAGUGCAAUGGUGGACUCCUGAGACGGAGUACGCUUACUUGGAAAAGGCUCUGUGCAUCGUCGAGCAAUAUGAUCAUUUCCGAGUGCCGGAACUAGAUGUUCUGUUGGCUACGAAAGCAACAAUUAAUGGUGUGACCACGCAAGGAGAAAAUAUUGCUGACAAUGGUGGUAUGGAGCAGGCCUUCCAGGCCUAUCAGCAAUUUGUGAAAGAGAACGGUCCAGAGCAGAAACUCCCAGGACUUGACUACACUCCUGAACAAAUUUUUUUCCUAGGAUUUGCCUCUGUUUGGUGUGAGUCGUCCAGCCCGGAGUCGUUGCUCCAUGAGGUCCUUUCAAAUCCACAUGCGCCGCACCGACACAGGGUCAAUGGACCCCUUGCAAAUUCACACCAUUUUGCUAAGACGUGGCAAUGCAAAACUGGUAGUCCCAUGAACCCAGUAAACAAGUGCCAAGUUUGGUAAGAAAAAUUGCUGAUGAUACGUGAAAAAAGAUUUAAUUUGAAAAAAAAAAUUUUGAUGAGAAGAAUAAAAAAAGCAUGCUACUUUUUAAAUUUAUAUCAACAAAAUACAAAAUAUUUCCCAAAAAAUUUAUUGACUGUUGGCUGUGCUGAAAGUCCCCCAAUCAGAUUGUGGCUCAAACAAUAAAUUGCUAUUCAAGU